AUGAUGAUUGAUUACGAUGUGAUAGAUUUCGGAGCUGAUGAAGAUGCAGCAGAAUUGUUUGCAGACUGCUUUACGAUACGUAGUGAUGUAUUUUGCGCAGAGCAGAAUGUCGACGAAACAAUGAAAUUUGAUGGCUUGGAUGUCGGAGAUUGUCAACAUUUUGUGUUGAAAUUGGGUAGUUGCAACGUGCCGGCUUCGACCCAAUGA